UAAUAUUUUGUGACAAUUGUGAACAAAGUUUGAUUGAAACAAAAUACACAACAAAUUGUUAUUGUUUCUUUCUUCUUCUGUGUUUUGUCUUUCCGCCUUAAUCACAAGCUCCUUGUUUUUCUUUGUUCCUAACCCAAUUUCAAGGGUCAAAUUGAAAACCCUUUUCUCUUUUACGUUACAUUCUCUUUUCCGUUAAAUGGGUCUCUCUUUUUUCAUAAUUCACUGAACAAAAAUUUCACCUUUUUUGACCCCAAAAUCUCAAAACAGGAUCGGAAUUCCAAAUUCUUCACAACAAUGGAAGAAUCAAGUGAGUUGCAACCAGAAGAAAAUAAAGUCUCCGCGGAGAAGUUUCCGAAAAGAAAGCUCAAAACGCCUGCACAGCUUAAGGGCUUGGAGAAAUUUUAUACGGAGCACAAAUAUCCGACAGAGGAAUUGAAAUUAGCAAUUGCUGAGGAGUUAGAGUUGACAGAAAAGCAAGUUUCUGGAUGGUUUUGCCACCGAAGGUUAAAGGAUAAAAGAUUGUUGAAAGAAGAAGCAAAUGCUAAUGGACGACAAGAUCGUUCAAGCGGUGUCAUCCAGGAUCGUGGCAGUGGACUUGGGCAAGAUUCGUGUGGAAGCAGUAAACAUGGUGAUUACAAGUAUCUGGAUCCCAAAGAGGUUGAGAGCAAUGGCCUCUACAAUCGUGAUUUGUCUGUUGCAGAUAUGACGUACGGACGCAGGAAUCAUUUUUCUGAAAAUGUCAGUGGAAUGGAUGAUGACACGUCAUCUGAGAGUAGCUCUUAUUUGCAAGAACGUAUGUAUCCUCAAGGACAAGAUCCAUAUGAGAUGGAGCCUUCUAGAUAUAGUAAAGCUCUUCCACCCUUAAAUCCGAAAGGUGCAAUCAACAUGGGAUAUAAACCAUCGGGAUAUUUGAAAGUGAAGGGUGAGAUAGAACAUGCUGCUAUAACUGCUGUUAAGAAGCAAUUAGGAAGGAAUUAUCAGGAAGAUGGUCCACUACUUGGUGUAGAAUUUGAUCCACUUCCUCCAGGGGCAUUUGAAUGCCAAACUGAAGAAGCAGUUCAUGAACCGUACCAUAUUGCUGAUCCUGCUCUUCUGAAUUCUCCAGAAAUCUCCACAGUGAAAAGUCGACCUGGUCUUAGCUCUAGAUAUGAUUCAUAUUAUACUAAACAUGGUUCCCAAGAUACUCAUAUGGAAGGAGUUGACUUUGGUUCGUUGCAUGAUGUUCAUGUUCAGGAUAAACAAGAUAAGAAAGCUUUGCAUGGUACCAAACAUAGACAAACUUUUCAGAGUAAUGCCGGUCGUUUUCCUGGCAGGAACUCUUCCUUAGAUUUGUACGAAGACUCUACUGGAGAAGCUGCUUAUAACAUCACUAAGAAUCAUAGGAAGGAUGCCAAGCGCGGUGUUGAGGGUAUAAGAUCUGAUUCUACUUCUAACCAUAGUGAUCGCUAUGAAGAAAACCUCCCAGUCAAACAUUCAGACUUCCUACAAUAUAACUAUGAAAACACCAAUCAAAAGAAUGUGCAAAGGAGUGUUCAUGCAGACAUUCUUCAAUAUGACUAUGAUAAUGUCAAUCCAAAGAAAGCGCCAAGGAGUGAACACAUAAAGUCUAAACCUUCAAACUCAAUCCACAAUUCUCGAGGUUCUGUGGAUACUGAAGAAAGAGGGCUAUCUUCUAGGAUGACUAAGGAUGAGUUGUUUAAGGGGGACAGGAAGUCAAAAAAGCAAUAUCGCGAUGCAGGUGGAGCAGGGAUGCUUUCAAAUGAGACUAUGGUUGCAAAACGACUUAAAGCAAAUACCUUUCAACCAUACAAUAUGAAACAGGUUCCUGUUGCUGAGAUAGAACCAAGGAAAACUCAGAGAUCUGCUGCAGAGAUGCCGUCUAGCUUUAGCGAGGAUGAAACUGCUGAUACCAGUUCCUCAUUGGAUUGAUUGUUUUGUUGAUAGAUGUUGAGAAGUGUGUACAGUCUAAAAAGACACAUGCAAUUUACUAGUUAAGGCAGUAGUAACAUUGGAAGCACUGUUUCUAGCAGCAAAACUAGUUACAUGACUCAAUUUGCUGUAUGUUGUGCUCACCUAUUGCCUUUGAAAAAAGAAAUUGGUGUAGAACUCCUACCCCCCCUAGGUCUUUUAAUUUUAUUUUUGGGCAUUUGAUGUAGGUGCUUCACAUAUACAUUAUUUUUCUUGGUAGUUUUAAUUGUGGUAGUGCGUUUGACAUUCAAAUUUGAUCCAAUUUAGUCCAUGUUUGGAAGAGUUAGAUACUUCUACUUUAUAAUAAAUUUAAAAUAAUUAAUUGUA